AUGACACAGGAGACAGCACAACCCGCCCCGUCGCAAAAUACGGCCGAAGAUGCGCAUCCAAAACCGACACAAAGAUCCAAAACGCGUCUUCCUCCGGUGCGAGUAGUAGGAGGAAGGAAGGAGAAACUUACCGCGCUCAUAUACAACAUCAGGGACCAUGUUCAAAUACGCCUGCAACAAACUAAGCGCCUUGCGCUCUCUCUCUCUCCUCUCCUUCUCAACCCUUCUUCUCUCCCCAUCUUCACCAUCACCCUCCCCAUCCCCAUCCUUACCAACACCAACACCUCUAUCGGAAUCCCCACCAUCCCCAAUCAAAACCCUGACAACAUCUCUCACAUCCCUCUCCGUCUCCUCUCUCACCCUCUCCUUCUCAACCCCCCUCUCACCCGCGCGGGCCCCGCCACCCCAUCCCCGCGCACACAGCUGCCUAUACACACCCGGCACACACCUCCCUUUCCCAUCCGUCAAAAACGACCAGACGAGGUACCGCACCGACGAAGGCACACCGUCCAACAACAACCUCCUCACUUUCUUCGACCGCCUCAGUGCCGCAUCCGCAUUUGCAUUCGAGGAUGCACCGCCGGUGGCGGAUAG